CGCAUGUCAAAAUUUCAUGUCAUUCACACAUCAUUUUAUUUUGUGAUACCGUAAAAACGAGGUGAAUUUGUGAAAAUAUACGGACGUCGUGUAUUUGGGCAUGAGUGCCUCAUUUCAACGAACGAUUGUGUUAAAUAAUAUCCCGUGGACAAUGUAUUAGUGGACGUUUAAACUGCAGUGUACGAUGGUGAUCGAAAAACUGAAAGGAAAAUCGUCAAUUUUCGCUGUUUCCCUCUGAAUUUCCGUGCGGUGCGUUUUGUUAAAUAUAUCUUGUUUUGUUUUACAUUCCGAUAUUAAUGUGAAUUUAUUACAAGCAGUGUGUAUGGUGUUUAACUUUAUCUAUUUUCGACUACGAUUUGGUUCUAUAUUUAACGUCAGUGACUCCGAUUUAAAUGAAUAACAUUUAUGAAAACGAACAAAUUGCAUAAAUGGCGUCCGUGGCACAGGAAAACCUCCAUCUAAACAAACGCGCACUCCCUCACAUUUCAACCAACUUGAAUUAAACGAAUUUAUUAAAAAAAAAUGCGCUCCGUCAACUCCCGUCCACGUGCGCACACGGCAAAAGUCAUAAAAAAACUAAAAAUAAAAAAGAAAUACGAGCUUACCAACAUAAGAAUAUUGUGUUCCAAACUUUUUAUAUAAGCUACCAACUUAAGAGCGCGAAUUCUUUUUUUGAUUUACGUUUUAAAAAAAGUUUUCGUGUAAAGAGGCUUUAAACUCUGUAGUUUAUUGGUGUUACGUGAAAUAGUUGCCUUCUAGCGGUAGUCAGUUGGUCCAAUCUCUUUAAUAAAUAAAUAAAUAAGUAAUAAUUUUUCCCCCUUUUACAUAAUAAAACGGUGUUUUAGAUUAUUGUAAUAAAGAGUGAGUGAAAGUGUGAUAUCAACAAUGGAGAAUACUGAAGUAGAGAAGAGCCCCAGCUCUGAGGAAACUACACAGCUUAAUAGAAACAGGAGUUUUAAAUCAAAACAACUGGUACGCAGUCAAGCGAUUCGGGAAACUCAUUCACCGCCCCGCGCCCUAAGCCCUGCCCAACCCAGAAACAUAACCCCAUCCCCAACUAAAAUUACAAACUCCUUGCCUAACAUCAACAACUCCACGCCUAUCAACAACAUAGGCAAAAACAACUCCGUAACAACAUCGCCUAGCAUCGGGGUUUUGACGCCUAGCGUCGGGAAUACAUCGCCUAGCGUCGGGAAUUCUUCUCCUAGCGUCGGGAAUUCUUCGCCUAGCAUCGGGAAUUCGCCGCCUAGCGUGAAGAAUGGCGCUUCGGAUAAAAACGAUGUGCGAACUGUGAGCGUGAAUGUCAGUGAGGAUUCUAGUCAUCUUAAUGUUAGGUGUAGUGAUGUGAUUAACAGUAGUGAUGUGAAACAUAGUGAUAGUGAUGAGUUUAAGAAGAAAUUGCCGGUUGAGAUUCAGAUAACAUCAGGCAGCUGGGAUGACACACAUACUGAGCGGCACAGGACUCGACGUUGGCACUCGGAGGCGCAGCGAGACUUGCUGUCCAACAACCCGAGGGUAUCCUGUGUCUGCGGCAAUUGUACAGCAUGCGUACAUUGCAGGGGCCGCCGCCGUCGUCACUACUGCGCGACGAAACAGGACUCCGGUAUCGUCUGCCCGGACGACUGUCCAGACUCCUCGGACAAUGAUACAAAUGGCGCUUCUCAAAACGAUACCAUGAGGAAAUCAAGCAGUCUUGACGUGGAAGAACCACAUUAUUGCAGAUGCCCUGAACGAAAACCGGAUCCCCCAAGACCAAAGAACGCGCAGCUUAGCAGAAACGAUUCCGACGAUCGCUACGAGCCGACCGGUCCAGAAUUAGUCGCCUUCAUUAAAGACACUCUCAAUAAGAAUAUGCGGGAUAGAAUGGCGCUUCUGAAGAUCGAGAGGGAACUACACGCUCUUGUCAACGAUACGGGCCGCUGCAUAGUUCGAUUCCCGGUGAUGACAUCGUACGGCCGCAUGUUGGUGCAUCGCUGUGCCGCCCUGUUCCAGCUCUCGCAUCAUCUUGAUACGACCAAUAAGAAUUCUGUACUGGUUUCCAAGAGUGGCACAUCGGGUGGUCGGAUCCCGUGCACGAGUUUCAAGGAGUGGUGCACGGUUCAGUUCCCGCCGAGCCCACAACGGCAUCAACCCGAGGCGCCGCAUGCCAAGUCGAUCCUGAAACGAGACAGUCAGUCGAUGGAGGAGCCGGGAGUGACCCUGGCCAGCUACCGGAGCAAGUCCUUGGAACAGAGGGAGAAGGAGUACGAGAGAGUGCGACGGAGGAUAUUUAGCUCGCAAGAUGAGGCGCAAUGGCCGUGGCUGACGUCGGGACCGAUCAAGCUGCUUACAGCUGAAGGCAGGAACAAACUCUUAAAGGUCCAGUCUCUAGAAGGCAGCGGUCCCCCGAGCGGGUCGUGGCGCGGCGGCCGGGGCGCGGUGUCCAAGUCCCACAGCUUCGGCGGGUACACGCAGGCUGACCCCGCCGCGCCCAGGGUACUCAGCAGGCAAGGUGACCUAGCAUCCAGCAGUUGGCGACUGUCUCCAUCCAGUUCUGGGUACAAGACUCUCAGUCUGCGCAGCACUGACUCAGUCACACCGUCUCCUACUGGAGGCGCGAGUCCAGAGCCGGGCGUGGGGGCUGCGCCCUCCUCCGGCGGCGGCGGCGGGGCGGAGGGCGCCGUGGUCUGGUGUGUCACCGACAUGUCCGCCGUGCCCACCGGGGCCAUGGUCAUACACCCACAGACGGGACGUCCGCUCACCAACCCGGAUGGAUCUAUAUACCAGUUUGAUCCGGCAAACCCGCCCGUGCUGUACGACCCGGGUAUCGAACAGGACGAUCAGCAGAAAUUGGAUUCGAACAACGAGAAACGUCGCGGCAGAUUGGAGAAACAACAUUCAUUUAUUGAUAACGAUUGCGACUGUCAGCCGAGCGAUGAGUAUCGAAGCAAAUGCUGUUGCGAGUGUCGCAGGCAUGACGCUACGGCUGGGACUGCUGGUGACAAGGAACAGAUCCCAAAACCAACAACUCCUAAUGAAUCAAACACACAAACAAGCACAAAAACGCAAGAAAUACAACACGAAACGACCAAUCAGCAACCAGGACCGUACGAGCCAGCCAAUCAGCAGCCAGCAUACGAACCGACCAAUCAUAAAGCUUACGAACCGCCGAGAACGUUUGAACCAGCCAAUCACAACGCUCAUAGCAAUGUGUUGAAUAACCGACCUGUUAAACUGACCAAUGAGGGACAAGAUAUGCAAUAUCCACAGUAUCAAGGAUAUAGAACUGAGGAGCUAACAUCCCCGCAGCAGAUGACCAACCACUACGUCGCUCACGACGUCAACAUGCAAGUGAUGACGCAACAGAAAAUGCAACCGAUGCCUCUACAUGACCCUAAUAUGCGACCAAUGCCGCUGACAAAUAUGAACAAUAUGGUGUACCAAGCUCCGAUGCCACAGCCCUACCCUUACUCUUGCAGAGUGGAACCGCCUCUGCAGAUGUACCCGCAAGUCCAGGUACCGACAGAGGAACAGAAACUCGCGCCUUCCCCCCAUCCCAACGAAACUGCAUUCAGAAUCGACCCGAGCUACCCGUACGCGGCAGUAGACUACACGGCCGGUUGCGGCGCCUGCGUCGAUACAUCAGCCAUGCAACGGAGUUACAGCGUGCCGUACGGCCAGAUGGAGGCUCCGCCCCCGGCGCUGGCGGCGCACUACCCGCUCGGCAACGUCAUACUGUCGCAGCCCCAUCUACAGCCGUACCCGCAAUACCAGGAGCAAGUCCCGUGGCAGGUCCCCCCUGGAGUGGGCGGCGGGGUGGCUCCAGUCCCCCCUAAACUGGUCGUACCCGAGCUGUACCCGCUGCACUGCGUACAGUACCCGCAUUCAUACCCGCACUACAACAUCGUGUACCCUCAGGUGAUCCAACAACCGUAUCCAGUAUGCCAACCCAUGUACCCGGUCAUCGAAAAGCAAACAGAACAACGCAACUCCAAUCGCAACUCCAAACACAACUCCAUAUCCAACUCAGCUUGCCAAACUCCAUUCCAAGAGGACAAAUUAGCUGAAGAAGAGAAGAAAUCGAGACAAAAUUCAGAAAUUACAGCCAAAAUACAACAAAUUAAGACGCAAAUGGCCCAAUUAAAUACUAAAGAUGGGAAAGAAAAAGAGUAUAGGAAACGCGACGAUUUCCGACAACGAAGGAAUAACGGCAACGGUCUGCUUGGCAACUGCCCAGUCAACAAUUAUAAUGGACGAGUUUUUGGUCGUGGCGGUACGGAAGACAGACAUCUGAGUUCAGCCGCGCGCGCCAUCGUCGAUUCAAUCCGGAGCAUGCAAGCCAAAAAUACAUAUCACCAAGACAAUCGUCGCGACUACCAACGCUUCGAGAAUAAACAAGAGAGGCCGGAUUUCCGGCGUCGUGACAGAGAGGACAAUAAUAAGCCCAUAGAAAAGGAGGCCAGGCCCAGCGAUGGACAACCGGUCGGCGAUCGAUACGAUGCUAGGAACAGGGGACUCAAUGUGCCUCUUUAUAGGCAGCCUUAUUUAUACAGACAAAUGACACCCGGAACCUGGUGUCGGCGUUCACCCGGGGCGGUACAUCCAGUACUGAACCCACAGAGGCGACCACAUCCUGACACGCGGAACCCGCGUCGUUAACAACAUAUUCACAAAGCAAUAAUAUUAUAUGUACAUACUAUAGAUAUGAGGGUAGGCAGGGAUCUAGGCUUUGUAACUGAAGAAGGUACUUGAUUUUAUUUUAAAGAUUUAUCUUAAGG